AACUGUUACUUUAAAGAAUAGUUUAAACAACAGCCAUGUUUGGGGCAGGCUAAUCUUGCAAAGAGAGCAGUACAUAUAACAGGAGUCUACAGUGUGAUAAGGGGAAAAUUCAGCUCACUGACUAGAUGUUUUAAUGUGCGAACUCUAGGGAAAUAACAUAUUGACUAUUCUGUUGUGCGCAAGAAAAUUGAAGAACCCUUUGCAGACAGAGGGCUUGCAAAGGAUUCUUUCUGUUUCUCUUAACCAAAAUCUGUGGCAAGAUGUUUGAAAUCAGCAGGACGCUUAAUGCUGCUUUGUUAAAUAAUGAGGUAAUAUUUUGUCACUUUUUCUGGGCAGCAUCUGUUUUUUUCUCCUUUUUCAAUAUGUUGGUGAAGGAUUCAGUUUAAUCUUAUGCAAGUAAGAGGUUGGUUUUUUUUUUUUAAACAUGAUUCUUCAAUUUAUUAUUUUUUUUCCUUUUGAUGCUUUUGGAGAAUUGGGUUGUCUUUUAUUUGCGGUUUCAAUCGGCUGCUGUUGCCUAGGACAUUAUGCCACGUAAGGCUUCUAAACUGCACAGAGUAGGUAGUUAUUAACGCUGAAUUGGCUUCUGGUAUAGUCCAUCUGGGCUCUGUAUGAGAGAGCUUGCUAGCGGCUACUGAUGCUAAGAUACCCGCAACCUUUGGGAUGUAUGCGUGGUGGAGAGGGGCUCAGUGAUAUGAGAUCACUUCUUUUAAGGGAAACUGUCAUUAAUGAGUCAAGAAACUGCUCAUUUAUGAUAAUUAGCACCAUGGAGCCUCAGGUGUCGAAUGGCCCUACUUCCAAUACAACCAAUGGACCCUCCAGCAACAGUAGAAACUGCCCUUCCCCCAUGCAGACAGGGGCUGCUACAGAUGACAGCAAAACCAACCUCAUAGUCAACUAUUUACCCCAGAACAUGACCCAGGAGGAGUUCAGGAGUCUCUUCGGGAGCAUUGGUGAAAUUGAAUCCUGCAAGCUCGUGAGAGACAAAAUCACAGGGCAGAGUUUAGGGUAUGGAUUCGUUAACUACAUUGAUCCAAAGGAUGCAGAGAAAGCCAUUAACACUUUAAAUGGACUCAGACUCCAGACCAAAACCAUAAAGGUGUCAUAUGCCCGUCCAAGUUCAGCAUCCAUCCGGGAUGCCAACUUGUAUGUCAGCGGCCUUCCCAAAACCAUGACCCAGAAAGAAUUAGAGCAGUUGUUCUCACAAUAUGGGCGCAUCAUCACCUCACGGAUUCUGGUUGAUCAAGUCACAGGGGUUUCUCGAGGUGUGGGAUUUAUCCGUUUUGAUAAGAGAAUAGAGGCAGAAGAAGCCAUAAAGGGACUAAAUGGCCAGAAGCCUAGCGGUGCUACAGAACCAAUUACUGUGAAGUUUGCCAAUAACCCCAGCCAGAAAACAAGCCAGGCACUCCUUUCACAGCUGUAUCAGUCUCCCAACAGACGCUAUCCUGGACCACUUCAUCACCAGGCUCAGAGAUUCAGGCUGGACAAUUUGCUUAAUAUGGCCUAUGGCGUAAAGAGACCCCUCUUUUUGCUCGGUAGGUUUUCUCCGAUCACAAUUGAUGGUAUGACGAGCCUUGUGGGAAUGAAUAUCCCUGGUCACACCGGGACUGGAUGGUGCAUCUUCGUCUACAACUUGUCUCCCGACUCGGAUGAGAGCGUGCUGUGGCAGUUGUUUGGUCCCUUUGGAGCGGUCAAUAAUGUCAAGGUGAUCCGUGAUUUCAACACCAACAAGUGCAAGGGAUUUGGCUUUGUCACCAUGACCAACUACGACGAAGCUGCCAUGGCGAUUGCCAGCCUUAAUGGAUACCGUUUAGGAGACAGAGUAUUGCAAGUUUCCUUUAAAACCAAUAAAACCCACAAAUCCUGA